AUGUUGACAGAUGACCAAGCCCCAAUUGACGCCCUCGUCAUAGACGCCGGUCCUCUCAUCAGAAACGAUUUCACAGCCAGCAUCCUCAACAGAGUGGGGAAAUUAUAUUCUACACCCGCCGUCAUUGCCGAAAUUCGGGAUGCCGCUACAAGGUCCCGUUUAGAGACUACGUGGCUUCCCCUACUCACUCUGCGCGCUCCAAAACCAGGGAGCGUUAAAAUUGUCGGCGACUUUUCGAAGAAGACCGGAGACUUUCCGGUCCUUUCUGUGACGGAUUUACAGCUGCUCGCUCUGACUUACGAGCUAGAAGUAGAGCUGAACGGAGGCGAUUGGAGAUUGAAAAGUGUACCUGGGCAGAAGAAGAUUAACGGGCCUGUUCCCAAGGCUGUGAAGGAUAGCGGGGAGGGGAAGGUGAUGGAGGGAUUGGUCAGAGAUGGCGGGAAGGCUGAGGGCGGCGGUGAUGCAAAGACUGCUGAUGCAGAAGAGACAUCGGCUGCUUCGGCUGGCGCCCUGUCCCAGAAGUUUUGCAAUACCCAUAUCUCUACCGACAACCCCACACCAACAGUAACGGGAUCCAUGGAACAAGCUUCACCCUCACCCUCAGAACCAACUGCAAACGAAGACCCCGACCCCCCAUUCUCCACCCCUACCUCCUCCGAAGAUUCCGACUCCGACUCCGAAGGCUGGAUAACCCCCUCGAACCUUCACAAACACCAAUCCAAAUCUACCACCUCCACCCCCUCAACCAACCCCACUAAAAACCCCUGGCCCAUCCGCGCCGCUCUCGCAACUACAGACUUCGCCCUCCAAUCCGUAACCCUACAAAUGAACCUCCACCUCCUCUCCACAAAAACCCUGCAGCGCAUCCACACCAUCCGCUCACACAUCCUCCGCUGCCACGCCUGCUUUAAGCUGACGCGCGAUAUGGCAAAACAGUUCUGUCCAGUGUGCGGCGGGCCGACUCUGCAGCGCGUGUCCUGCUCCGCCGAUUCGAAGGGUGCAUUCAAUAUCCACCUAAAGCGCAACUACCAAUGGAAUAAUCGUGGGAACGUGUUCUCGCUGCCGAAGCCCACGCAUGGGAGUGCCAGCGGGAAGGGCGAUAGGGAGGUGCUCAUUCUCCGGGAGGACCAGAAGGAGUAUGAGAGGGAAGUAGUUAGGGUGGGGAGGAGGAAGGAGAGGGAUUUGUUGGAUCCGGAUUACUUGCCCGGGAUAUUGACGGGCGAGAGGAGGGAUGCCGGGGGACGGCCCAGGAUUGGGUAUGGUAAGAGGAAUCCCAAUGUUGCGAGGAAGGGGGGGAAGAAGAAGUGA